AUGCGUCUCUGCUACCUGAAUGAGCGAUUCGACCCAGAGGCGUCCAGUCUACUGAGCAAUUGGCACGAUUGGUGCGACGGAUACAUCACGUAUACGCCAACCUCGCCCAUCCUCAGCCACGUAACAACAACCUACCCGACCUUCGUAGGCAGUGAUGGAGAUCCGCUUUGCAAAGACUUCACAACAUCAUGCGCUAUUUGGUCGGCUUCAGAAGCAAGCUGCCUGGCACUGGAUCCCUCAGCUACGGCAGCAUCUUUCUUGGAUUGUGCAUGUCGAGCCGAGCUGCUCUCCUUGGCCUCAGUCUGCCUCUAUGAUGCCUCAGUGACCUGCUUUGGUCUCAGCGCCACCCUUGCGGACCUACCACUGUGGAGCAUAUGCAAGACCACCUUCGGAGUAGCGGAAUCUCAGGCUACGACAACUGGCUCGGUCGUCACGAGCAGCAUCUCAUCCGUCAAUUCAGGUGGCACGUCAUCCAACUCGAUCGAUGCCCAGCCACAACCAACACGAAGCUCGAGCACCGCAUUCGCGACUGGCGCGGCCUCGUCGACUGUGAGUCUGCCCAAUUCGGCUGCAGCAAUGGUGGGUUGGGCGAACGAGAUUUGGCACGGCUACUCCAUGACAGGCGUAGCGCGAGCUUUGCUUUUGUCGGUAGUCGCUUUUGUGGCAUUAUAA